AACUUUUCUUUUGCCAGCGUGGGUCCCAAAGGAUGGCAUAAUGUACUCUAGAAGAAGCGCCUGCCUGAAUCUGUUUAAAAUUUAACUCUCCGGCUCAUGUAUUUGGCAUGAUGACCAAGGAGAACUUCGAGGAAACCAGUGCCACCCUGAACCCGAACAGGCCCCCCAGGGCCAGGUACAUUUAUCUGGAAGCUUUCCUGCAGGGAGGAGCUCCUUGGGGUUUUACUUUGAAAGGUGGCCUGGAGCACGGAGAACCAUUAAUCAUCUCUAAGAUCGAAGAAGGGGGCAAAGCGGACCUGGGGAGCGCCAAGCUGCGGGCCGGGGACGAGGUGCUGCACAUCAACGAGGUGGCGCUGAGCAGCUCCAGGAGCGAGGCCGUUUGCCUGGUGAAAGGUUCCUACCAGACCCUGCGGCUACUGGUGCGCAGAGAUGUGUAUGCAGACCCGGGCCCUGCGGAUACUGGCGCCUCUGACUCCUUUGGCCCGGAGCACCUCACCUCUGAUCCACAGCACCGGAAAGCAGCAUGGUCAGGAGCCGCUAAACUUCGGCUGAAGCACAGGCGCAGUGAACCUGCAGGCCGACCUCACUCUUGGCAUUCAACCAAAUUUGGCGAAAACCAACCCGAUGCCAGCAUGAUGCAGAUAUCUCAGGGCUCGAUCGGCACUCCUUGGCCCCAAAGCUACCACUCCAGCUCCUCCACCAGUGACCUCUCCAGCUACGACCAUGCUUAUCUGAGGCGGAGCCCUGACCAGUGCAGCUCCCAGGGGAGCAUGGAAAGCCUGGAGCCCAGCGGGGGAUACCCAGCCUGCCACCUUCUCUCCCCGGCCAAGUCCACCAGCAGCAUCGACCAGCUCGGCCACCUCCAUAACAAGAGAGACUCGGCGUACAGCUCCUUCUCCACCAGUUCUAGCAUCCUCGAGUAUCCACCUCCUGGCAUGUCUGGCCGGGAGCGUUCAGGCUCCACGGAUGCCACUUCUGCUCGAGGUGGCCUCCUGGAAGGAAUGAGGCAGGCAGACAUCCGCUACGUCAAGACAGUCUAUGAUCCCCGGAGGGGGGUCUCAGCAGAGUAUGAGGUGAACUCGGCAGCACUGCUGCUGCCCGGGAGGGAGGCCCGAGCCUCAACAGAUGGUCAGAGCUAUGAGAAAUGGCAUAAUGUUCCCCGGAGCAAGGGCACAAUACCCUCCUCUUGGAGCCAGCAGUGCCCCAGUUCCCUGGAGACUGCCACUGACAACUUGCCUCCUAAAGUGGCCGCACCCUUGCCCCCAGCUCGGAGUGACAGUUAUGCAGCCUUUCGGCAGCGAGAGCGGCCCAGCUCUUGGUCUAGCCUGGAUCAGAAACGGUUCUGCCGGCCUCUGGCAAAUUCAGCAGGUGCCCUGAAAUCCGCCUUCCCAGAGGAACAGCUGCAUACCGUGCUAGAGAAGAGUCCAGAAAACAGCCCCCCCAUGAAACCCAAGCAUAAUUACACCCAGAAAGCCCAGCCUGGCCAACCUCUGCUGCCAACUGGCAUCUACCCGGUACCUUCCCUGGAGCCGCACUUUGCCCAGGUGCCCCGGGCUUCCGUGAGCAGUAACGGCACCCUCUACCCUGCGCUGGCCAAGGAGGGUGGGUACACAGCUCCCCAGGGGGCUGGCAACAAGGUGGCUGCCCUUGAUGAGAACGGGAACCAGAACGGAUCCAGCAGGCCUGGCUUUGCCUUCUGCCAGCCCCUAGACUAUGACUCAGUGUCCCCAGUAGAGAGGAAACCUGAGACGUCAGCCAAAUGUGUCCCCUACAAAGUUCAUUUCCCCUCGGUGCCUGAAAACGAAGAGGAUCCCUCCCUGAAGAGGCAUCUCAUGCCUCUCCACGGCAACAGCCCCCAUCCCGGUGAGAGAAAAAGCACCCAUGGCAACAAAUAUUCUCAUUACCCCGGUCCCCACUCCCCCGAGGCUCAGGCCUGGGAGGUGGGUGAUGACAGAUCUUUCCUGCCCCCAGAGCCUUGGGACGGAGAUUUCCAUGAAGACCACAACGCCAACCUCCGGGGUAGGCCCGACAGAGGCAGCCUAGGCCAGAGCAUGCCAGGCAACUUUGGCAAGACCAAAUCUGCCUUCUCCUCCCUCCAGAACAUUCCCGAGGAUCUAAGGGGGCAGAGCGGCCUGGAUCUAGGCCGGGGAGCCCAGCAGAUGUACCUGGAGGGCCCAGCCCCCUGUGUAGUCAACAGCAAGGCAGAAGACUGUGGAAGGAAAGUUGCUCCCAAUCACAGGAGCCAACUGGACAGGUCAGGUUCCUAUCUAAGGCCCGAGGGGAGAACUGGUGCCUUGGCUUCUUUCCACAGUUCAGACCCAAGAUGUGAAGAGCCGCCCUCCCCACCCCCCCAGGAGACAGCCAGUCUAGGCCGUAGGAGGCUCAGUUCCAGCAGCGCCUCGGCUCUGCAGGGCUUUCAGUACGAGAAGCCCCACUGCUCGGUGCUCGAGAAGGUUUUCAAGAUCGAGCAACGAGAGCAAGGGAGCCAGAGACCCCCGAGUGCGGGCAGCUCUAGUUACGGCCAUAACUACAGGCCCAGUAGGACACUCCCGACGUCCAGUACUGUGGGGAAUGACUUGGAGGAGACAAAAGCCCACAUCCGUUUUUCCGAAGGCGCAGAAGCGCUAGGCAAUGGGGAACUGCACGUCAAAAACGGGGAUCCCAAGUCGGAAGAGAUGUCCUGGCAGCCGUGUGGUCAGCAGCCAAGACGUGGUGCCGAGGUUGGCUGGGGCCCCUCGCUGCGGGCCGGUGAGCCCCUGAGGCGGGACGCUCGCCUGCUCCGCAGCCAGAGCACCUUCCAGCUCUUUAGCGAGGCCGAGGAGGCCGCUUGGCGGGACGACAGGCCUGGGUCGCCCGAGUCACCCGUGCUGGACGCCCCCUUCAGCCGCGCCUACCGGAACAGCAUCAAGGAUGCGCAGUCCCGCGUCCUGGGGGCCACCUCCUUUCGGCGCCGGGACCUCGAGCUGGGGACGUCCUCGACUUCCAGACCGAGGGGGCCACGACCCGCCUCAGCCCACGUGGGGCUGCGCAGCCCGGAGGCGCCGGCUGCCGCCUCCCCGCACACCCCGCGCGAGCGGCACAGCGUGACCCCUGCGGAGAGCGACCCGGCCCGGCCCGCACUGCCCACCGCCCGGAGGGGCCCGCGCCGGCGCCUGACCCCCGAGCAGAAGAAGCGAUCAUAUUCAGAGCCCGAGAAGAUGCACGAGGUGGGGGUCUCAGAGGAGGCCGACCCGGAGCCGCCGGGCCCGCCUAGGAAGGGGCCACCUGGCCUGGAGAACUCGAUGGCCGACCGCCGCCUCAUCUUCGAGCGCGAUGGCAGGGCCUGCUCGACCCUCAGCCUGUCGGGGCCCGAGCUGAAGCAGUUCCAGCAGAGCGCCCUGGCCGACUACAUUCAGCGCAAGACCGGCAAGCGGCCCGCCACCGCCACCGCCACCGCCACCACCGCCUGCAGCCUCCAGGAGCCCGGGCCGCUGCGGGAGCGCGCCCAGAGUGUUUACUUCCAGCCCGCGCUGGAGGGCCCGGGCCUGGCUGCGGCCUCCAGCCUCUCCUCGCUGCGGGAGCCCAGCCUGCCCCCACGCCGGGAGGCCACCCUCCUGCCGGCCACUGCGGCGGGGGGUGGCGGGGAGCCCCCGCGGGCCUCCCGAGAUCGCAGCAGCUCCUUCGCCGGCAGCCGCCUCCUCGUCGGGGAACGGCGCCGCGGGGACCAAGCCCCGAGAGAGCUGCCUGGUGGCGCCAACAGUGGGCCAAAAGGCCCCCAAAGGCUGGACAGGACCCCUGGAGAGCCCUCCCCCUGGGGGGCUGCGGCCGGGAGGGCCGCGAAGUCCAUGUCCGCCGAGGACCUGCUAGAGCGCCUGGACGUCCGCGCUGUCCCAGUCCACGUGAGGUCACGGUCAUCUCCCACUGCAGACAAACGCCAGGAUGUGCUUUUGGGGGAAGACAAUGGCUUUGGUCUUGUGAAGGAUCCAUGCUACUUGGCUGGCCCAGGAUCCAGGCCCUUCACUUGUUCCGAAAGAGGCCGUGAAGAGAUGCUGUCGCUCCAACACCAUCCCAACCCUCGUUGGGGGGGUUCGGGCUGCAAAGCAGGUGGUGGUGCCUCUGUCCCUGGCGGGGGUCCUGGACCCCUGGACCCUCUGAGACAGCCCAGCAGAACGCCUUGCCCCCGGCCGCUGCCCACCGGAGCGCAAGGACCUCUCCCAGACGCCGGCGCGAUGCCUGUGACCCUGCUCGGCCCCGCCCCGCCUGCCCCUGGCCCCUCGAGCUACUGCUUUCAGCCCCCGACCCCAGCCGGGACCCCCAGAAGCUGCAGCCACAGCCCGGCCGGGCCUCCUAGCCCCGAGCGCGGGCUGGAGGAGGGGGCGAGGAGGCAGGCCUCGCAGGCCUGGCUGAAGCUGCCCCUCGCCACCAGCUGGGAGGACAGCCUCCCCGAGGGCCCCCAGCGCUCCCCCAGGCCGCACGACCUGCCCGCUUCCAGCAGCACUUCAGACCCAGACACGCCACCCCGGGCCGCGGGCGCUCCGGGCAGGAUCUCCCUGCGGAUUUCCGAGUCGGCCCUGCUGGCCUCCCCGCCGCCUCGGGAGGACGACGACGACGAUGUGUUUGUGGGGGACCCGUGCCCCACAUCCACAGCCAGCCCUGCCCACGAAGCACCGCCCAGCAGGGAGGCCCCGGCCCGGAUCCUGACCCCCAGCAGGGACCUGGCCCUGGACCUCUUCCCCCCGCCCCCUCCCCACGUGUGCCCGGCGCCGCCACCGCCACCGCCACCGCAGGACAGUGAGGGCUGCCAGGACUCCCAGGCCAGCAGCUCCAGCAAGCUUGCCAAGGUGACUGUUGCCAAGGAAAGGCCCAUGCCUGCUCCAGCCCAUUUGACUGAUAGUCAGAUACUGGCGUCCAGAUCCCAACCUUCUAUCAAGAGUUCAGAGGCCGAGACCAACCCGCCCACCCCCACGAGUGCCCUGGCCCAACCCCCGGGGUCUCUUUGCAAGCAGCCAAGCCCAGGGCAGUCACCUCCCAUCCAGCCCCAAAGCCUCAUGCACGACCCAGUCAGUGGGACUCAAGAUUUAGAAAAGAAUGUCAACUCUGGUCCUCAGAAGACCUCCGAAGACAUCAGAACAGAGGCUCUGGCCAAGGAAAUUGUCCACCAAGACAAAUCUCUGGCAGACAUUUUAGAUCCAGACUCCAAAAUGAAGACAACCAUGGACCUGAUGGAAGGUUUGUUCCCCCCAGAUGUAGAUUUGCUGAAGGAAAACAGCAUGAAGAGGAAAGCUAUGCAGAGAACUGUCAGCUUCCCAGGAUGCAUAGCCAAGAGGAGUGAAGACAAGGACGCGGUGGGCGUGUUGGUCAGCUGUCCUGCCUACUACAGUGUGUCUGCUCCCAAGGCUGAGCUUCUGAACAAAAUCAAAGAUAUGCCAGAAGAGGUGAAUGAGGAAGAGGAGCAGGCAGAUGUCAACGAAAAGAAGGCGGAGCUGAUCGGAAGCCUCACCCACAAGCUGGAGACCCUGCAGGAGGCGAAGGGCAGCCUGCUGAUGGACAUCAAGCUCAAUAACGCCCUGGGGGAAGAGGUGGAGGCCUGGAUCAGCGAGCUCUGCAAGCCCAACGAGAUUGACAAGUACAAGAUGUUCAUCGGGGACCUGGACAAGGUGGUGAACCUGCUGCUGUCCCUCUCGGGGCGCCUGGCCCGCGUGGAGAACGUCCUCAGCGGCCUUGGCCAAGACGCCAGUGACGAGGAAAGGAGCUCUCUCAACGAGAAGAGGAAGGUCCUGGCUGGCCAGCACGAGGACGCCCGGGAGCUCAAGGAGAACCUGGAUCGAAGGGAGCGCGUGGUGUUGGACAUCCUGGCCAACUACCUCUCUGAGGAGCAGCUCCAGGACUACCAGCACUUUGUGAAGAUGAAGUCCACCCUCCUCAUCGAGCAGCGGAAGCUGGACGACAAGAUCAAGCUGGGCCAGGAGCAGGUCAAGUGUCUGCUGGAGAGUCUUCCCUCGGAUUUUGUUCCCAAGGCGGGGGCCCUGGCGCUGCCCCCAGACCUCGCCGGCGACGUGACCGCUCUGGCGGGAUGUGCUGUCAGCAGUCUCUUCCCAGCAGUGACCUCUCCACUUUAACCUCUUCGCCAGAACCCAAACCAACACGUCACCCUGUCUCUCUCCACACUGUGUAAUCUGAAAAAUGUCUCAGUCCAAGCCACCCUUUACACUGGAUGGGUUAUUUGGGGGGUGGGGGUGGGGGCGGUUUCUGGACAAAAGGAAAAAAUUCUCUCCAGGAAAAAGCCUGUCCUUUCCUUCUUGCCUUCAUGAUUGAUCUUCUGAGAGCCUGAAUGCUGCUGAGAACUCACCCCCUUUCUAUUGUUAUUUCGUAGGAGGAAGAAAUCAGGGCAACCAUGAGACCUGGCUGGAGGGUGAUUGAUGGUUUAGUUGUUCACAGGCUGAGGCAACGUGGGUCAGUGUGUGUCCCCUUCAGGAAUCUAGGCACAGUGGCCCUCCUUGCUUGCGGAUGGCAGGUACUGGUUCUUAUUCCUGAAGGGCCUGCGGCAUAAAGCCUUACAGAGAAACACACAUGGAGGGGAAAACUGUCAAACCUUGAACACUGUUAUUUAUAUUUUUAACAAUGAAAAAGAUCAUUGUCGGUGUGCUAACCAUUUAUUUGCUCCUCCCUCUUGUGUUGGAUGUAGACAGGUUACGUUUGAGCUGUUUUGUGAGACCCUUAAUGAAAUGAAGAAUUCCAAAGACAGUCACAUUGCGUGUGGGAACUUUUUUUUCCAUAAACACAGACUGAGUAGCCCUUCUACGCUUGUGCUCAGCCGAGCGUGGGGGAGGCCCUACUGCCACCGCUGCCCGACUCACCGCCUUCCUCCUGCAACAACCGCCUUCCCAGGAAGAAGGCGUCAUGCGCCAUGGUUACGACGUCAUUUCAAGGGGUUCCUGUCACUAUCACGGGGGUGGAGAGAAAGCUGAAUUUUAUUCACAAGGACAACUCUCCAACCUCUUGACAAGGGGAGGAGGCCAGGACCCAAGUCCAUUUGAAACGGAACUCAUGUGUCCUACUGUAUGAGAUUUGACCUGACACUGGCUUCUGCAGUGAGAUACAUUAUCAGGCUGUUUUAUGGAUGCUUUUCAAAGUUUCUUUUCCCAAACUGUCAAACUUAACCACACUUUUAUUAAAGACUCCCUCCUUAA